UCAGUAUUCUUAAUACUUUCGUUUAAGAAGGUUUAAGAUAGAAGUUUUAUAUCUUGUUCAAGUAAACAGUUACUGUAUAUAAAUCAAUAACAAUAGCAAAUUAACAAUAAUUCUUCACUAAAAAGUGUUAUAAAAAUAACAAAAAAGUUCUUAGAAAAAUUAAGUAUUUAGAAAUUAAUAAGUCUUUUUAAUACUAUUUUAUACAUUAACUUUAAAUAAUUAGAAAUGACUUUAAAAAUUAUGAAGUGUUUAAUUCGUUCCUUCACGAGAGAUGGAACAAAAUUCUUCAACUCCACUGUCAGAUGCGUCUCAAGUGUUCCAAAAAUGAAAGUUGUUCAAGGAAUGAAUGGAGAACAAAUUAUUCAAUCUCCUUAUGAGAAUGUGCCACUUCCGAAUAUAACUUUACCAGAAUAUGUUUGGAAAAAUGUGAAUAGUUACAGUAAUAAUGUAGCAUUGGAAUGUGGUCUAACUGGAAGAAGAUAUACCUACGGCGAAGCACGUGACAAUUGUAAUUAUAUUGCGAGGAGUUUGUCCAAAUUGGGAAUUAAGAAUGGAGACAUUGUGGCGCUUAUUUUGCCGAAUUUGCCAGAGACACCUAUCGCAUUCCUCGCUUGUUUGGAAGCAGGUGCAAUCGUAACGACGGCAAAUCCCUAUUAUACUGUCGAUGAAUUAAGCAAACAGCUUUCCGUUGUUUCAAAGAAGCUUUCUGCUGUGAUUACUUCGACGGAAAUUGCCUCUACUGUGGCUACAGCUGCAAAAUCCGUUUUAUCUGACAAUUGUCCAUUUAUUGUUGUUGACGAUGGGAUACAAUCAAGUUUCGUAAAACCAAAUGCUCUAAAUUUUAAUGAUUUAAUUGAAAUGGGAAAAACACUUCCACAAUUACCGUCGUCCAGCAGAUCACCUAAAGAAGUAUCGAUUAUUCCCUUCUCAAGUGGAACAACAGGCCUUCCAAAAGGAGUAAUGUUGUCUGAUGAAAAUUUAGUUUCCAAUUUAGAAAUGUUAUUAAAUACAGCAGGUGGUGAAUUCUUUACCAAAACAGAUGAAGAACAAGAUGUAUUUCCAAUUGUGUUACCAAUGUUUCAUAUAUUUGGAAUGAAUUGUGUGACAUUCUCCAGACUUGCAGAUGGUGCAAAAUUAGUCACAUUACCAAAAUUCACACCUGAAUCUUAUAUUUCCACUUUAGAGAAAAAUAAGGUUACUGGAUUAUUUUUGGUUCCUCCCAUCCUUUUGUUUCUCACUUCAUCCACCCUUGCAAAAAAGCAUCACUUGGAUCAUGUAAAAUUUGUUUUUAGUGGAGCGGCCCCCCUUAGCGAUACUGAUUUUGAAAGGUUUAUGGAAAAGUUCGAAACGUCUAUAAAAUGUUGUCAAGGUUAUGGCCUGACGGAAUCGUCUCCAGCAGCAUUUAUUGAAAUGUCUGGAAAAAAGUAUGCUAGUAUUGGAAAGCCUGUUAGCAAUUGUCAGGCGAGAUUAGUUGACAUUGAAACAAAGAAAGAUAUAAGUAAACCUCACAAAUCAGGUGAAUUAUGGAUCUCAGGACCUCAUAUUAUGAAAGGUUACUUUGAUAAUGUUGAGGCUACAAAAGAAACAUUGGAAAAUGGUUGGCUCAAAACUGGCGACGUUGCUUACUUUGAUGAGGAUGGUGAUUUCUUUAUUAGCGACAGAAUAAAGGAACUCAUCAAAGUUAAAGGUUUUCAGGUGGCUCCAGCUGAACUGGAGGGUAUUUUGCGAACACAUCCUUGCAUCGCAGAAGCUGCAGUGAUUGGCGUUAAAGAUGCUAAAGCGGGAGAGCUUCCAAAGGCGUUUGUUCAACUUAAGAAAGAUAAGGAAACUUCCGAAGAGGAAAUACAGAACUUUAUGAAAGGAAAAGUUUCCGAAUAUAAAGAACUACGAGGAGGUGUUACUUUUUUGAAAGAAGUUCCAAAAAGUUCUACAGGAAAAAUUCUACGCUCUAAACUGAAGAAUAAUUUGUAAUAUAGUGAUGUGAAAGCAGUACUUUAAUUUAAUACCUACUAAUUAAUCAAAAUUUACUUACAUUUCUGAUCUUCUAAACACACGUUGUUUUACAAAAUGUUAAUAUUGUCUUUUUAAAAUUUUUUUUUAAAAUUGUAAUACUGUAAAUAGUAUAUUUUUACACAAUAAAAUAUAUUCUUCUUUA